UUAACUGUUAUUCUAAUUCAUAUAUCUUCUUUGCAGCCAUUCGGUCAGGUUCCGGCGCUGCAGGAUGGAGAUAUAAUCCUUUUCGAAUCGCGGGCGAUAAACCGGUACAUCGCGAGCAAGUACAAGGAGACCGGACCGGACCUGCUCCGGUCGGCGGGGGGGCCGGCGGAGGCGGCGGCGGUGGAGGUGUGGCUGGCGGUGGAGUCGCAGCAGUUCGGGCCGCCCGUCGAGGAGCUGGUGUUCGGGGCGGUGAUCAACCCGCGGAUCGGGGAGGCAACCGAUCAGACGGCGGUGGAGCGGCAGGCGGAGAGGUUGGGGAGGGUGCUCGACGUGUACGAGGAGCGGCUCUCCAAGAAUAAAUAUCUGGCGGGCGGUGAGUUCACAUUGGCGGACCUGAACCACAUGCCCUACACCUAUUUCCUCCUGAGGACACCCCAGGCGGAUCUGGUCACCCCCCGGCCGCAUGUUCUGGCCUGGUGGGAGGAUAUCUCCUCGAGGCCCGCCUGGAAGAAGACCGCCGAGGUCAUCCCCAUAUAAGAGCGAGAGAUGGAUCCUGACGCGUUUGAUGUCUCCAAUGUUUAGUAGUAGAAUAAAAUAGUUUAUAUGAACUAAAUUAUGCCAUCACUAGCAGAAUAACAACGGCCUGUUUGGCACCUUUCUGUUUUCUAAUUUUGUCUCUCUAUAAAUUAGUAAAAUUCUAUAUGGAAAUGGAUGAGAUGUGCUCCUUGCUUCU